AUGAAGACUCUCGGUUUCGGCCUCGCCGCCUUUCUUCUGCACCCACUCCUCAUCUCCGCCAAAACCUACACCAAAAACGUCCCCGUCAAGGAGAUCCAAGGCAAAUGGAGCGUCGACGGCAACACCAUCACCUGGGUAGAAGAUGGGUUCAAGACAUCGGUGGACUGCGACAACCAGGCUGGUCACAAGAAGCUGAGCAUGAGCAGCAACAAGAAGUUCGCCGGCUGCUGUCUGGAGGGCCAGAAUCUGCUGGGCAGCCCGGAGACGGCGUUCGACUGCUGCGCCGAGGGCCACGAUCUGACCGGCAGCGCCGAGGCUGGGUACCGGUGCUGUCCGUCGGGCGAGGUCUUUGACGGCGAGACGUGUAAGCGCAAGGAGCCGACGUGCCAGAAUGGUAAGGUGCUAGUCAAUGGCGAGUGUGUUUGUCCGGCAGGCUCGAAGGAGACGGACGAUGGGAAGUGCAAGAAGCAGAAGUGCUCGUCUGGGCUGGAGACUGGCAAAUGCUACACCUUCACCGGCGAAAACGGCGAACGCCUCGGCUUUGGCGGCAGCUGGUUCAUCGCCGCGCCAGAGAGCAUGUCCCUGAAGUCCGGCCGAUUCCAGCUGUGCAAAGACGAAGAGUGCAAGGCCGGGUUGCCCAUCAACCCAAGCGACCUGACCUACAUCCGCGACAUCCACGGCAACCCGGGCACAGGCGCGUACCCGAACCGGUGGCUGAACAACGCGAUGAACGGCAACCACAUCGGCAAGACGGACAACUUCGCGCAGGCCGGCAAGUUCUCCAUCACCAAGUGGCCGUGUGGCAAGUAUUGUCUCGGUGGCUUUGAUUAUGGCCUGGGACCUGCGUGUCCGUCGGCGACCCCUGCGAUCACUUUCUUCCAGAAUGAUCCCCAGGCUUGCGUGCCGUUUGACUUUACCGAGGUGCCGUGUGAUGUUAAGGCCGAGGAGAAUAACUGUAUCUGGAAGAAUAGUGACGACCAGUGCUGUGGUGGUAAGGUCGACUGUCCUUCUCUCAAGGCCACUUCUUAA